ACAGACGGUAGCCGGCCAUCAUAUAGCCACAGCGAAUUUAAUACGUUAUGGCUGUCGAAUGUGGUUAGUGUUAAUUGUUGAAUUAAAUUAGCAUUUCUUUGAAUUAUAUAUCAUGUUGAUCUCUACGUAAGGUUAAGUGAAAUGUGAUAUUAAUACUUAUGUUAUACCUCCUUAUAAUCUGGAAUGUGAUUAAAAACCUUUUAUAGUCGUGAAUGGUCACUCAUAGGCCUAUCAUCUAUGAGACAUUUACAUUGGGUACUCCUACAGAAAUGUUUCGUUUUCCUAAAAUUUCAAACUCUUCACCUUCAAAACGAGUUUCAGUAGCCGGACCUCAUCAGAAAAACCUAGGUUUAUGUAAAUAUCCUCAUAGAAAAUGUAGUUUAUUGUGUUUGGAAAACUAUGACUACUGUUUAAAACAUAUUCUAGAAGAUAAAUCUGCACCAUAUAAGCCUUGUCCAUUUCUGUAUACUGUCAGUGGUAAAAAGUGUGGUAAACCAGCAUUUCGGCCAGAACGGAAAGAUACAUGGUUUUGUGCAGAACAUACUAGAAAAAACAAUCUCCUACGGCAGAAAGCUUCAAGUAAACGUGCGCCCCCACCCACCCAGGAAGCUCUGUUGGCAUCGUUAGGUCAUUAUGCUCGAACAGAUCAGACUUCUCUCAAACACGAGGAGAAUGAGCAUGAAGAAUCCACAUCCAAACAGUCGUCACAGGCUAUUAAUCCGUUUGUGGAUGUAGACGCAGCUGCAGUGAAUGCCCAGUCCAGUCAAGUGUUGGACUACGCCAGUGACUCAGACAGUGAUGUGGAGGGGGCCAUGUUGGACAAUGUGUGGCGAGCCCUGGACAACGAGUCGUCUGAUGCUGAGAGUAUUGAUAGCCAGGCAGAGGAUCCUCUAAAGCAUGCUGGAGUUUAUACUGCUGAAGAAGUGACAGUAGUUAUCAAGGAUAAAAUGAUUCGGCUACAAUCAUUGUACAUUGAUCAGUUUCGCAGAUUACACCAUCUCCUUAAAGAACGCAGAAGAAAAUAUUUGCAUGCAUUAAAAAAAGAGAAGGAGACAUUAUGUAGUAUUCAUGAUCAGGAGAAAACAACCGCAAAAGAACAAAAACUCUACCAAAAACUGAAAGCUUUAAACCAUUUCCACAAAUAUUAUGGAGCAGAAGCUGUUUUACACAAAAAAGCACUUGAACGUCGAGCUCUGGUUACUGAAGGCACUAUUCCAAGGACUUCCCAUAAAGGAAAGUGUGCCUUCACUGAAGGUGGUGUCAAAUGUGGUGCCAAAACACUUCCUGUCACCAAAUAUUGCAGGAAACACAUUUUAGAGGAUACUCAACAAGUGUUAUUCAGAGCCUGUGGGUUCAAAAGAGAUGACCAUAUUUGUCAAGAACCUACGCUGAAUGUCUUUGAGAACGCUACUUGUGUCUAUCAUAUUACACUACCAACACAGCCACAUAACAGUCUUGACAUGAAUAAAGUAAAAGAAGGUAUUAAAGAAGAACAUAGCAAAGAGACAAAUGAAGGUGCAGUUGUUUCAGACAUGGAAAUUUCGGACACAUCUAAGAAAAUGAUUGAAGAAAAUGAAAUUAAACCUUUGGGAUCAACAGACUCUUUCUCAAAACCAGACAAUGUUAUGGAUAGCACAGUAAAACUUGAAGAGCCAGUUGAUAAUACAAAAGACCCAACUGAGCCGGCUGUUCCUACAGAAUCUAUUGUUCAAAACAAUGGUGGAAAUACAUCAGAAUCAACUUGUGCGGUGCAACAAACUGAGGUGGAAAAGAUGGAUGUAGAUAAUAGUGCUGCAAGUGAAGAGGUGAUCAAGCAGGAUAACUCAGCACCUAUAGAUGAACUAGUAAUGGUGGAUAUGAUGACAGAUGUUGGAGUAGUUGAGGAGGUGUUGGAGUCGGAAGAGAAGACAGAGGUGGAUGAAAGCAUGCAGAUUCCAGGGGAUAAAAAUAGCACAGAUGUAUAAAUUAUUUAUAUUUCUUAAUGUAUAAAGUGUAAUUAAUCAGAGUUUAGGUUAUAAUUAAGAGUUUGCCCCCAUAACAAUAUAGUUUUUAUUUUAUAAAAAAGAUUGUGUAAUGUAUUUUUAAUCAUCAUGAGAAGGAAUGUAUUUAGAUUUUACCUGCAUUUUGAUUUUGUUAAAAAAGACUUUUACAUCAAAGAAUGUGUUUUUUGUAAAUUCUUACCGAAAGAUUUGACAAGUGAUGGAUGGCAAAUAGUUUUGUGAUAUGAAAAAUAAAUGCUACAUUUUAACUAGUA